GUUCGGAAGGGCAGUGCCACCGCUUCGAGCUCGAUGGAGCCUCGCCGGCGAAGAGAAACCAUCGAAUGGAUGCCUCUCCCAAAGCACCCGGCGUUCAGCCGGCACCUCGCCGAAGACGAUAGUGAGAAGGAUGACAGCUCCAACGUGCGGGCGAAGAGCAAGAACCUUGCGGCUUGGCACGCCUCAUCCUCGCUGUUUUAUCUCUGGGACCCUGUCGCCCGCUGCGUCCACCGCCUCUCACUACGGUUUUCCUCCGAUGAUCCCGCCAUCGUUGAGGCCGCGUUCCCCUCUGAGAAGCUGGUGCCAGAUAAUCAACUAAAAUCAGAUGUCCAUCAUUUGGCUCUCAAUGUGGAUGGGUCCUUUUUGCUCUUGAGUGGACUUGAUGUAUUGAGCUUUAUGAACUUGCAUGACAGAAGUUAUGCGGAUAAUGACACAAUUGUUUGCAGGACUCUUCUAGUUGGUUCUAAGAUCUAUUUUGGCCACAACAAUGGUUUGCAAACUCUACAAGCAUCAUGGCAUCCUUACAGCAGUGCACAUUUGGGUGUUCUGUCUUCUGAUUCAGUUUUCAGAUUGUUUGAUUUAUUAUCCAACAUUGAGCAACCAGAGCAGGAAUAUUAUCUGGAAGCAGUCGAGCCUGGAAAAUGUCAUAAUGUUGGUUCAAUCUGUCCAGUAGCAUUCUCAUUUGGAGGUCAACAUUUGUGGGAAAGAUUUUCUGUCUUUGUCUUGUUUAGUGAUGGUUCAAUUUACGUACUUUGUCCAGUGGUACCAUUUGGAAGUUUCUGUAGUCUGGCAUUUCUUGAGGAAAUUUAUAAAGAUAUUAGCUCAUUUGGGUUGAAAUCAUUGAAUGCAAAAGUUGUUGGCAACUCAAGUUUGGCAAUUUCUUGGUUAGAAAUUACUUUUCCUGAUUUAGCAAAUCGACCCAUUGAUGAAGCAAAUGUAUCAGUAUCAAGAGCUCAGCCAUAUGCUCCACCUGAUGCAUCUCUUUCAUUACAGGGGCCUCUUGUAAGUAUUAGUCAUAGUGUUGAUCAUGACACUUCUAAAGUAUCAAGUUUGGGUGAUAUCGCCAAAGCAGUAGGUUUUCUGUAUAGUUCUGUUGGCAAAGACUCGGUUCUUGUGAUUGCAUGGAGCGAUGGGCAUAUACAAAUUGAUGCGCUUGCUGAUGAAAUCCAACCCCUCUGGAAUGUUGGUUCUUCUCCCCAUCUUCGUGUUGAUCCUCGUGGUAGUAUAGUUGCAGUUGCCAUGAUUUGUGAGCCAGCCAAGCGGGUGCCCUCCAAAGUGGAUCUCUGUCAACCAAAUGAUGAAACAUGUGUUAGCAAUAGCAAUACAGGAGAUACCAUUUGGCUGGGCCAUCCACCUCUUCUGAGAUUGGCUAUCAUUGAUUUGGCGCUGCCAAAAUAUGCAUUUGACAGUUGUGCACCUACUUUAUUCUCUGAUCCCCUUGUGUCUGAUCGAUUCUAUUGUGUGCAUGCUGGGGGUGUAGAUUUGAUAACCCUCUAUUUUCUUCCUUUCUCAUAUGCUGCUCCUGAAGCUGACAAGGUUGUCAAGGCGCCUUCAGUUUGUCCUAUUUUGACUGCAUGCCUUACAAAAUCAUCUGCUCCAAUCCUCUGGGGUUUUGUUAUUGUUGAUGAUUCAGAUGGACUUUCACAAAUAGUUGGAAUUACAUCCUCUUAUGAAUGCAUUAUGCUAGAGACAAAAAAAUUCAAUGAUGGAUUGCCCCUACAUUUUGAUACUCAUGCAGAAUCAGUUGGUUCUGAGGAGGAUAUCACCAAAGAGAUCAUAAGCAAAGAGCUUCUUUCUGGUCCGAAGGUCAUCCUUGUUCCACCAUCUUUAAGGUCUGUCGCAGCUGAUUCCAUAGAAGGUCGAUCGACUCUUCAUCACUACAUCAAACUUUUACAUGAAAACUAUGUGGAAUAUGCACAUAAGGUCUAUGUUGAGCUCAAGGAACAUGGGGAUCAUCUGAAGACAAUAAUAAGUGACCAACAAAAUCAUGUAAAUGAGGCGAUGCAAAAACUUUCAACAUUGGAAAGCAAAGAAACAAGCAUAAAUGAUCGGAUUAGCCGGGCCUCUCAUAUGUAUGAAUUCAUAGAACAGCGUCUACAGAGCUUCAAAAAGCUGCCUGGAUCAAACAAGAAGCCACUAUCAAAAGCAGAACUGGAUUUUCAGUCCCAACUUGAUAGAUUUGCUGAACUGGAGCUGGAUGCAUUGCAAUCCUCCAUUGAUGCUCUAAAUGCGCGGUUGAAAAGAUGUGUUCAGUCUUCACCUGUUAAUUUAACAAGUGCACCAAGAAGAACAGUCGGAAGCGGAAGGAACUAUGCAUCAGAUAGUCAAUUGUCACAGCUAAAAUCAUCACUGGAAAAGCUUUCUAUCAUGAACAACGAGAUCGCUGACAAGGUAAAGAUCAUCGAACUUGAAUUGGAAAGCCGAGGAAAAUAGUGAUGUAGCAUGUUAUUAUUGUUAAACUACGACGUCAGUAGUAAAUGAGAAAAGUUGUAAAUUAGAUGGAAAGAAUGGUGGUUGCAAUUAUUCACAUCCGAAAGGAAGAAGUUUGAUUUCAGGUGCAGUUUUGAUGGUUAUCAGUACCAAUGAGGGUUUGUGCUCAGUAAAAGGGUUGGAUUUGUUGUAGUCUUGUACUGAAACAAUAUCAACAAUGAAAAUGAAGCAUUUGUAUCAAUUGCAAAUCUUCAAA